AAAUUCUUCACUAUACCUCCAUAGUCAUAUCUUCAACUUUUUCUGACAUUUUAACGUAAAACUUGUAACCAUGUUGGAAGGUAAAGCUGUAAUAGGGGAGACCGAUAUGCUUCAAACCAUGCAAGAUGAUGCUCUUCAACUCGCUGCCAAAGCGCUUGACUUCUUUGAUAUAACCGAAGCUACUGAAAUAGCACGCGUCGUCAAACAGGAAUUCGAUAGGAUGUAUGGAGGUGGAUGGCAGUGUAUUGUAGGUACUAAUUUUGGGUCAUUUGUGACUCAUUCUUGCGGAUCCUUCAUCCAUUUUUCUGUUGGGAGUCUUGCGAUUUUGCUAUUUAGAGGAUCAGCAGCUCAAGAGAUUGAUGAAUUUUCGAGUUUGGAUGGUGUGAAAGUGUGAUCAUAUGGGGCCUGGUUUUACUGCAUUUUAAUGUUCUUAUCUUGUAACAAGUUCAUUUUGAAAGUUGAAAUCAAGAAAAAGGAAAGACAACAUAUUGCCUUUGUCCAAA